GUCUUUGCAAUAGUAUGAAAGAAGCGUAGUGAAACCAAACGCGGAUAUAUAAAUAACACGAAAAUGAAAAGCAGGAGAAAACCGCAUAGCCCUCCAGACUGAAAUGAACGCACUUCUUCAUCCUAUUGUAGUUUUGUCUUUGACAAGUUUUCCAUUGACAGUUGUAUGUCUGAGCCCUGUUCCCGUUCAGUGUUCGACAUCUCCAUUACUGGUGGCUUCAGGAACAAAUGCUGUGUUUACGGUGCAGACUGUGCCAAAUGUGCCCCUCAUCAGAUGGACGGACAGCACAGCCACUACACUGGCCAUGUGGGUGAACGGCGGGCCCGUCCUGAUGUCCGUCCAGCAGUUCCAAGGCAGAAUCACAGUCUCUGCCACCCAGUUCACCAUCAGCAGCAGCCAGAUCAGUGAUUCUGGAAACUACAGCGUCUCUGUUGAACCCUUGUCUACCUCUGGACUCAGUGUGAACACAUGUUCAGUGCAGCUCAAGGUGUUCGAUGCAGUGAGCAGUGUGAGUCUCUCUCUGCCGUCUCUGCCUUUGGAAGGAGGGAAUGUGUCCGUGAGCUGCAGCUGGACUGCGGGCUCUCAGGUCAGUGUGGUUUGGGGGAAAGCAGGAGCUCCUCUGUCCUCUGAUUCUCACAUCAGCAUCAGCUCCGGAUCUCUGCUCAUCAACUCAGCCAGCAGACAAGACUCAGGACAAUAUUCAUGUACUGUCAGCAACCCUGUCAGCGCUCAAACAGCCAAAGGAAACCUCAACGUCUACUAUGGUCCAGAUUCUCCCCAACUGACAAAGAGCUCUAAUCAGUGUGUCGGAGGUGGAGACGCUACAGUGGGUCAGUCAGUGCUUCUCAGCUGUACAUCCGCCUCUCUGCCUCCUGCAUCCUUCACAUGGCAGAUCAACGGCCAGACGGUCAGCUCCAGCCAAUCAGCGAGUGGCUCGCUGACCCUGCAGAUCUUCUCCACCAAUCAGAGCGGCAGUUACGUCUGCACCGCACACAACGGCAUCACGGGAGGGACAUCAAGUCAGCAGAUCGACCUGGCCAUUGUGGGUACGUGUCUCAGCGCUGGGGCCGUCGCGGGGAUCGUCGUUGCCUGUUUUGUUGCACUCCUCAUUAUUAUCAUUGUCAUUAUUGUGCUCUUGCGACAAAGAAAUGUUGAUCGGAGAGUAAAAAAUAACAUUGAACUUCAGAAGACAAACCCGAAUGAAGGAAUGACAAUAGCAAACAGAGCUCUAGUCACUGAAAACCACGCUGAUCCAACAUUGCACAGCUCGCUCCCACACAACGUCACUAAUCACAACAAUGGGAACAUCAGCACAAUGGCACAAAACAUAGCCAGAAACUCACUCCAUCAUAAUGGCCAUCUGAACACUGAUGAAUUCCAGCACAACUUCAGUGCAGUGCCAGACAAUGGGCAUCAAAUCAGCAACAAUUCAACAAAUCCCAACAAUGACCCUCCAAGGUCGUUCCCACAACACACUCCUAAUAUUGUCAUACAAACAGGCAAUUCCCAGCCGGGUGCACUUGCACCUACUGUUCAUGUAAGCCUCAAUGCAUUGCCACAUACUGAUCAGUUCAACACACAACCUCAAACAGUGCAUGUCAACUUGAACACAUACCCUCCAGAUGCACAGCAGACAGCCUGGCAACAUGUAGACCAAAGAGAAAGUGGCCUACAUAGUCAACACACUAAUACAAAUCCUUCACACACUGAAUUACUGAAUUCUAACCAACAUAACAACUUCGUUCAAACCAACCAAACCAAUGCAGUACGCCAACCUACAAACUCUAGCCAUCGAAAUCACUCUCAAAGUGCCUUGCAGAACUCAAGAUUGGGUAAUCAAACACUAAACAAUGCUUCAACAAAUGGAUCCCCGCAAACCAACAGCCUCAUUCAGACUGGCUACUCGCACCAUUCCAAUCAAACCAAUGCAAACCGCAGAAAUGCCAACUUACGGUCAACAGGAGAAGAGCAAACCCGUCAUUCAAACCGAUAUCGCACAAACAACCAGUUCGACAACACAAACACAAACCUCCAGCAGAUCCCUUGGGACCGCCUGCGGGGAACGCCGGCGUAUCCCAACCAAGAAGUGGAAAGCACUGAUAGCAGUGAAUCCUCAGACUGGAUGCCGAGACCUCCUCAACAAGCUAAUCGAAGGGGUCGUUCUACUCGGAGACAACACGAAGCUGAACUUUCCAGCAGGUCCACCCAAGCUGCUUCUUCCCCCCAAAGAAGAGACAUGCAUAGACCAGCUGUGCACAGCCAAUCGCAAAUGGACCCAAAUUUGUGGAGUCAAGUGGUGGAGCAGAUGCAAGUUCAAUCGCCAAGACAUGCUUUACCUCAAACUGAAUCCUCUCGGGGUCAGAAUCCAAUCCCUAUUGGUCAACCUUUGGGAACGACAAUACCUCAAACACAUCCUCAGAGACAUCACGAACCUGAGUUUUCCAACAGGUCAACCCAAGCUGCUUCUUCCCCUCAAAGAAGAGACCUCCAAAGACCAAUAAUGCACAACCAAUCACAAAUGAAUCCAAAUUUGUUUAGUCAAGUCCAAUCGCAAAUCCCAAGACAUGCAUUGCCUCAAACCGAAACCUCUCCAGGUCAGAAUCCAAUCCCCAUUGGUCAACCUCGGGGAACGACAAUACCUCAAACACAUCCCCAGACACAAACUACCACCAGAACUCAAGAAGUGCCAGCUCAGCCAAUUGUUUCUCUUACUGAGGCGGCACUUCGCCAACACACCGCCCAGACUGAUAACACAUUCGCCAAUCGAAACCAGCAAACUCAAGCAGCCCUGCAGAACCCUGGACCUCCUCAACCCAUCCCGCAGGUUAAUAAAAAGGGUAAGAGGGCUCCUACUCCACCUCGGGUUCUGCGGCCAGCAGAGUUUCAAACACUUCCACGUGAACGUACACAAAAAGUCCAGCCUGUGAGAGUCCAGCAUCAACACAGAUCUCCAAACGCACACAGACAAACCCAUAUUAGGCAUAUUAGCCCUCAACGGAUGCCAGGGAUGCAUCACAUGCAUGGACACCCAAUGCAUAUGCAACAGGUCCACAGAGGCAGACCCAGACGUUGAGAAAAUGCAACGCUCGUCCAUCUCCACGCUAUUUGCACUGCAAAAAACUUUCCUAGCAAGCACAAUGUCUCUCUGGUGGAAGGAAACAAAUGCUCAGCCGUUCCUCAGACUCAUUGUGCCAUACGAAUCUCUGCAUUUUAUCAGAGCGAGCGCGUUUCUGAUUAAAAAGACUGAUCUUUUACUCCGUUUUUCUCUCACGUACGCAUGCGAGAGCAGUGUGAAUUUCAUCCCUCAGAACAAUGCAGCUCUGGGCUUUUUCUAGCACUCAAACAUCUGAAAAUAAAACACAAUGCAGUGUUUUUCCACAGACAGGAAGUCUUGAACGAAAUCCAAAUGAAUUAGGAUGGAUGGCAGAGCUGAACUACUAAAUGAUAAAUAAUGGACUGCCACUGUUUGUCCUCUCGCAACUAUUUAUUCAGCUUUCUGCUCACAGAUGCUUCUUGUAACGCCGCUCAAUUAGUGUGAUCCGCUACGCUGCGCUUGUGGAUGGAUUGCGCAUUUGAGUAUGAAGGAGACCCACCUAUAGCGGACGUGUAAUUAAUUGAGCUCUUUAAUUUUUAUGUUAAUGAUGUGGAAAAUGCUAAUGACUUUAAGUGAAAUCGGUGGCUGACAGGCCUAGCACAAAAUAUGAUUACAAGCAAACGCUUGAGAUGUUUUAAGUCGCACGAUACAAAAAUAAAGUGUAUUAGUAUUGUU